UUCUGAUUGAUCGAUCUAUAUAUAUGAUCGAGAUGCCCAUUACAAACUAGCUAAGCUAGCAGCUGGUCUCUCUCUUGAUUUGUGUUUCCCCAGAGAGAGAGAUCUAGGGAGAGAUGUCAGGGAAAGAUCAAAAGAAAGCAGCAGCUUUAGAAGAGAAGCUCGAGCUCCUACGUUCUGUUACAAAGUCAAGUGCGGCAAACGAGACAUCAAUCCUCGUAGAUGCGUCCAAGUACAUCAAAGAGCUCAAGGACAAGGUAUCUCAGGAGCCUGAACAGCUGGGCAGCACUAGCAGUUCCAUGCCAAUGCCAAGAGUGAGUGUUUCAUCGGUAGAGCUAGAGAAGAAGAGAGGUUUUCGAAUCAAUGUGUCGAUGGAGAAGAGUCAGCCUGAGUUGCUGACGUCGGUGCUAGAAGCAUUCGAGGAGCUUGGCCUCGACGUCCUUGAUGCUGACGUGUCGUGCGCAGAUGACACCGCAUUUCGUUUUGAAGCGUUUGGAUCCAGCCAAAGUGAAGCUGCAGAGAGAAGCGUGGAUGAGCAAAUGGUUCGGCAUGCAGUGCUGCAAGCCAUCAAGAAAUGCAUGGACGGAUCAUCAAUUUGAUCCAGAAUGAACUACUUUAUGUUUAGUUCUAAAAAAAGUACUUUAUGUUUCGACUUAAUACUCAUCUGCCGUAGCGCAAGCUUAUUGUGAGGAUACUAAAUAGUAUACUAUCUAUAUUUUCAGUUAAUUUUGUUGUAAAAAUUUGCUCAUCUCUUGGUGCUGAAUGAACAAGAACGGCGUUUUGUCGUUUAAA